AUAUUGUCUGAAGAAUACUUUACACCCGGCUUAUAUUGUCUUUGAUUUCUGUUUGUACAACGUAAAAUGUAGUGAAUUUACGUUUAGCAGAAUCAAUUAUGUGUUAUAACUUUUAAUAUUAGAGUAAAUUGACCUAUCAAACUCAAAAGGAAGAAUGUUAUCCGAGAUUCAUCAAAGGAGUUAUUUAGUUUUUUACUAUAUUUUAAUCUUUAAGCAAGUUUAAGAUUUUUAAAAUUAUAAUAUUAAUUAAGUUAAUAUGGAGGCUAAAUUUAUGACACAAGAAACUAUUAGUGCCAAAGCAUGUCCCAACUACAUCAAAUUGAAGUUUCAACAAGCUAAACGAAGACAAGAAACUUUAGAAAUACAAAAACAAAAACGUGAAGAACAAAUUAAUGAAAAAAGAUAUUUAGCAAAUUAUACUGGUUGUAAUUGGAUGGAAAUGUAUGAUGAAAAUAAUAGAACUACAAUUAAAAAUGAAGCAUAUGAACUUGCUUUGUCUUUGAUGAAUUCUGAAUAUAUGCUUGAAGUACCUGAGGACAUUGAUAAUUGGAUAGCAGUUUUAUGUCCAGAUGGGAAACGUUGUUGUAUUAUUUCUCAAGAUAACAAAACAAAAGUAGUCAAUAAAUUUGGAACUACUCUAAAUUAUUUUCAGUCAUUAUUUCCUCAUGGAUGCACAAUUUCAAAUAAUUAUCCAUCACAUCGCAAACGUACUGUCUUAGAUUGUAUAUAUAGUUAUAAAUUAAAAAAAUAUUAUAUUUUGGACAUCAUUGAAUGGAUGGGCGUGCCAUACACAGAUUUUGAUGCUGAAUUUAGAUUUUACUUCAUUCAAAGUAAACUCAGUGAAAUAUCAGGUAUUAACGAAAAGUCAGAAAAAAAUGAUUAUCCAUUUGAACUUGCUCCAAGAAUGGUAACUCAUGAGUUGUAUCCACUUCUAUUGGAAAACUUCCAAUUCUUUCCUAAAAAUGUGUAUUUGGAUGGUAUUAAUUUUUACUAUUCAGAAAGUUUGUAUACUCCUGGAGAUACCCCGUUGGUACUUUGGCUAAAUCCAUUCAUGGUACCUGAUGUCUUAGGAAGACAAGUAAAUGAUCUAUUGGCACAGAAACCUCUCGAUUAUGUCAACAUUUUUGAACAUUGCCAAAAUUUGAAAAAAAAGAAACGUAAAAGAAAAAAAAAUAGAAAAAAUCCUCAGUAUAAACAAAUGGAAAUAGAUGAUUUCACUGAGGUGGAAACAGAUAAAGAUCCUGCCAUCGAAAAUGAAAUGAAUAUGGAAAAUUAAAAUCAAUGUCGUUACAUUAUUAAUAAAUACAUGUUAUGUAUGACAAAAGUUAA